GGAAGAGCCCUUUAUACUUCGCGUGUUAGUUUUUCUGUGAUCUAUUAAACGUUCUCACAAACCGUGGCGACGAGGUGAAAAAGAAAAACCUCGACGGGAAAAAUAUAAUUCGUGUUUAUUUGUUUAUUCACGGAAAAUCAGGAACAGAAAAAGUGCUCAGUGAAGUAAAAUCGGUGAAAAAUUAGCACUUCGAAAAAAUCGGAUGAUCAGCGCCAUUUUGAAGGCUGGAGAAAAUUGGCCGAUUGUGCAAACGCAAACUUGCUUUCAUUUGCAGGUUACACCCUCUCAAUUCUGUGAAUAAAUCAUUUUCAAUUUCAUCAGUCAUACCACCGAGAAGAGCAGUAAAAGUUUGCAGUGACAAAUAAUCGGAGCUGGCCCCAGAACCGCAAGUUGUUCAUCAGAAUGUACAGUUCUUGAGUCCGGCAUCGUACAAUCUUCCCCACUUCAAGUACAAACACCUUCCGGCAUCUGAAGUGCGAAAUACUUGGAACAUGUGGAUUAGGUGGUUCGAGAAUGUUAUGGCUGCUGCUCGUGUACAGGAUGGUGCAAGUAAGAAGGUGCAGCUACUGGCUAUGGGUGGGAUGGAAUUACAGAGUGCAUAUUAUGGUUUGCCAGGCAUAAAUGACGAAGAUGACGUGGAUGACGAUGCAGACCCGUAUCUAGUAGCAAAAGAGAAACUACAGCAGCACUUUUCUCCCAAGCAUCAUGACAGUUUUGGACGCUUUUUAUUCUGGUCAAUGGCCCCCGAAACUGAUGAACCUAUUGAAAAGUUUGCAUUACGAGUGCAGCAAAAAGCGGAGAAGAUAUCUUUUGGCAAGACAGUUACAGAAAGCCGGCAUAUUGCUGUUAUUAAUAAAAUCAUACAAUAUGCAUCGAAUGAUCUUAGGCAAAAGUUACUCGAAAAGGAAGUUCUCACGUUGGACGACACGACGAAAAUCGUGAACGCAUUCCAGGCAGUUCGAUAUCAGUCUUCUAAGAUUAACCACAGAGUAUCCGAAAGCCGGUCAGAGUGCGGUGUCAACCGAUUAUUCACCAACAACAGCAGAAGAUCGGAGAGUAGUGCCAAUCGUUCAUUCACCAGCAAUCCUGGCAGGAGUUCGAAGUGUCUGAGGUGCGGAUAUGAGGCUCACCGGCCUGGAGCUCGAUGUCCUGCGGCGACCGAAACAUGCCGUUCCUGUGGUAAAGUAGGACAUUUUCGAUCGGUAUGCCGGUCUAAAUCGAAGACAAGUCAUGUUGAUGAAAAGCCCCAAAUUGGAAAUAAAUCUCACACAAGAGGUGACAUGAGAGACAUAGACAGAUUUUCCAAACAGGCUCUGAAUGGCCGGUGCAACGUCGCCCACGAAGUUAAAGAGUACAGCCGUCAUACUGAGUAUGGAGUCGUUAAAAUCUAUUUCUACAUUGACAUCACGACAACGUUCGCCAUCCUGGGAGGGCUCACGGUUGUUCCGGGACUGGUGUACAUCGGGGAUCAGGCUUUUAACGAUGGAGAGUUCUGUACUACACGGGCAACACGUUAUUUUGACGAGGAUAGUGGUCAGGAAAUAUCGUCUGGUCAGGCAGAAGAAAAUCGGAGUAAAAAUCGACAAGCGGAUGAGUUGGAGGCAGAGGGCAACGUCUUAUGGGGACAAGGAAAGUAUCGUGAGGCGUAUGAAAAAUACAGUCAAGCUUAUGCUAUGUGCACUAGUGGGUAUCACCAUGAGGCACGAUUCAAAUCUAGCCGGGAUAAAGCCAAACAAGAGAUGGAAGCUGCGAAUUUAUAUGCAGAAGGAAAUAGACUGUACCGUCAGGGAAUGUUUAGGGAAGCACAAGACAGAUACCAACAGGCGUACGACUUGUCGAGGGAAGCCGUCGCAAAAAAGACCUACAACUCACACAUGGAGGAAGCUAAGAUUCAGCAUAAAAAUCAACAAGCGGAUCGACUGAACAGGGAAGGAGAUGAUUUGUUUAAAAAUCGAAGACAAUAUCGAGAGGCUUACCAGAAGUACAAAAUGGCUUACGACUUAUGUACUGUUGGAUAUAGUGGAGAGGCUAGAUUCAAAAAUAACAUGAACUCAGCUAAAUCUGAGAUGGAGGCCGCUGAUUUAAAUGCCGAAGGAAAUAGAUUGUACAAUCAGGGAAAGUUUGAAGAAGCACAAAGUAAAUACCAUCAGGCGUGUGACCUGACGAAGGAAGCCGUUGCGAAAGAGACUUAUAUAUCGAACAUAGAGAGAGCCAAGAACCAGGAGAAAAAUCAACAAGCAGAUUUACUGAACAGUGAAGGAGAUGAUUUGUUUCAAAAUCGAAGACAAUAUCGAGAGGCUUACCAGAAGUACAAAAUGGCUUACGACUUAUGUACUGAUGGAUAUAGCGGAGAGGCUAGAUUCAAAAAUAACAUGAACUCAGCUAAAUCUGAGAUGGAGGCCGCUGAUUUAAAUGCCGAAGGAAAUAGAUUGUACAAUCAGGAAAUGUUUAGUGAAGCACGAGAUAAAUACCAGCAAGCUUUUGAUCGGUCGAAGAUAGACAUUGCAAAAGAGACGUAUAAGUCGAACAGAGAGAGAGCUAAGAAUCAGGAGAUGAAUCAACAAGCGGAUCAAUUGAACAGUGAAGGAGAUGAUUUGUUUAAAAAUCGAAGAAAAUACCAAGGUGCUUACGAAAAAUACAAGCAAGCUUACAAUUCAUGUACCAGAGGUUAUAGGCAAGAGGCUCGAUUUAAAAGUAACAUGGAUUUAGCGGAAUCAGAGAUGAAAGCCGCCAAUUUGAAUACCGAAGGAAAUCGAUUGUACAAUCGGGGCAUGUUUAGUGAAGCACGAGAUAAAUACCAGCAAGCUUUUGAUCGGUCGAAGAUAGACAUUGCAAAAGAGAUGUAUAAGUCGAACAGAGAGAAAGCUAAGAAUCAGGAGAUGAAUCAACAAGCGGAUCGAUUGAACAGUGAAGGAGAUGAUUUGUACAAAAGCCGAAGACAAUAUAGAGAGGCUUUCGAGAAAUACAAGAAAGCUUACAAUUUGUGUAUCAGCGGUUAUAACCAGGAAGCAAAAUUCAAAGGCAACAUGGAUUCAGCUGAAUCAGAGAUGAAAGCCGCUGAUUUGAACGCCGAAGGAAAUAGAUUGUACAAUCAGGGAAUGUUCAGUGAAGCACGAAGUAAAUACAAGCAAGCACAUGACGUGUCCAAAGUUAGUCAGGAACGUGCAAUAUAUGGGGCAAACAUUGAAAGAGCCCAGUUUGCAGACGAGGCGCGAAGAAACUCACAAGCCGAUCAACUGAACCGGGAGGGAGAUACGUUAUACGCGCAGGGUAAAUACAGUGAAGCCCAUGAAAAGUACCACCAGGCUUGCAGCACAUGUACGAAGACUUACCAGAAAAAAGCUGGAUUCCAGUUGAGUAGCGACGCAGCUAAGCGGGAGCUUGAUGCUACCAAGCUGAACAGUGAAGGAGAUGCGUUGUACAGUCGAAGCAACUUCAGUGGUGCUGUCCAGAAGUAUCAGCAAGCUUUCGAUAAAUCAAAAAUCGAUGCUGCUCGCAGUAGAUACAAAACGAACAGGAACAAAGCGGCGGAAGCGUACGAAAAAUGUAAACUAGCCGAUCGUCUGUUUCAGGAAGGUAUAGAAAUGUUUAAUCAAGGAAAGUACAAAGAAGCCUAUGAUAAAUUUAGUCAGGCUUGUGAUACCUGUACAAGUGGUUACAAUAUAAGUGGAACCUUCAAGAUCAGAAAAGAUGAGGCCAGUCGAGAGAUGAUGGCGGCCGCCUUGAAUACCGAAGGAGACCUAUUGUUUCGACAAGGACAAUUUAGUGAAGCUCGAAGCAAAUAUCAAGAGGCUUACGAUAAUUGUCAAAUUCGAACGCAAUAUAUGACCUACAAAGCGAACAUAAACCGAAGCCGAACGGAACUGCAAGCUCAAGGUUUUUGUACAGCGUACGAAAAAUGUAAACUAGCCGAUCGUCUGUUUCAGGAAGGUAUAGAAAUGUUUAAUCAAGGAAAGUACAAAGAAGCCUAUGAUAAAUUUAGUCAGGCUUGUGAUACCUGUACAAGUGGUUACAAUAGAAGUGGAACCUUCAAGAUCAGAAGAGAUGAGGCCAGUCGAGAGAUGAUGGCGGCCGCCUUGAAUACCGAAGGAGACCUAUUGUUUCGACAAGGACAAUUUAGUGAAGCUCGAAGCAAAUAUCAAGAGGCUUACGAUAAUUGUCAAAUUCGAACGCAAUAUAUGACCUACAAAGCGAACAUAAACCGAAGCCGAACGGAACUGCAAGCUCAAGGUUUUUGUACAGAAGCGGAUGCAUUAUUCGGACAGCACAAAUAUUCGGACGCUCGAGGAAAGUACCAGAAAGCGUACGACAAAUCUACGCUUGAAAGCGAACGUAACAAAUAUCGAACGAAACAAGCGAAAUGUUUGCAAAUGAUUGCCGAGAAAGCGUGGGACGAUGCGUGGCAAGCGGAGAACGCCGGUCGUGCCGAAGUUGCGCUGAGCAAAUUUCAACAAGCGAAUGAUUUAUUGCAAAAAGCUAAGCUGCUCGCUGCAAGCGAUGGCGAGAUUUUGAGACUGAGUAACGCCUGCAAUUUGAAGAUCGACGGGAAUCAGCUGUUCAAUGAGGGCAUCAAGUCGCAACAGGACGGAGUUCGGCUGCUCGGAGAAGCGAAGCAGCUUGAACAGCAGCAACAGUACGAACAGGCUAGAGACAAGCUUAUAUCUGCGGAACGGCAGUUGUCACAUGCCAAGGAAAACUUCCAGUUUGGGAGCAAGUACGAUCAGCGAUUUGUGGCUUGUGUGGGGUUAGCGCAGGAGCAACUUGACGAUGUUGCCGAUUCGAUAAAGUUGGUCGAUCAGUUCCUGGUGUCUGUAAAAUUCAAUGCUAUGCAACCUAAUAGUGAUCAGUGUGAGGACACUAAUUUUACAUUGCAAAGAAAUAAUGUCACAGAAGCGCAAUAUGCUGCACAAAUUUGAUAGAAAGCAAACAUACACUGUUUCUGUUUUGAUAGUGCGCGAACGGUCGCAGAAAUAAUCAAAAACAACCUUUCAGCUGGCAACCAGUCAAUGCGCUAUUGUU